GCGUCUGAAAAAACAAGAUCAUCUCUGAUUGGCUGUAUUCGGAAUAGCGGGGCGGGGAAAACAGAAUCCUAGCAUAAUAUCGCAUAACAAAGGGAAGGAGUCAAGUUAAAUCACGUGACAAGGGCGAAACGGAAUGUCCUCGCGGAUUGGUCGAGGAACGUCAAGUGGAGGGGGCACGCUGAGCAGGAACCAGGACGGUGGCCUCUGAGGGCCGAAAAGGGUCGAGGGUUUCGUUUGACUCAGGGACGCCUGUGCAGGAGAGAGGCUGGUCCAUCUGCCCCGGUUUGUGUUGUCCUGGAUGCCGUUGCCGGUGGCGCUUCAGUCCCGCCUGGCCAGGCGAGGGCUGCUGAAACAUGUAGAGCCCGAGCCAGAGGAAGAAAUCAUUGCAGAAGACUACGACGAUGACCACGUGGAUUAUGAAGCCACGAGGAUGGAAAACCUGCCACCGAACUGGUACAAAGUAGUCGACCCGAUCUGUGGCUUUCCUUACUACUGGAACAUCGAGACCGACCUGGUUUCCUGGCUUUCACCCAGUGACCCCAACUCUGUGAUCACAAAAGCAGCCAAGAAAAUGAAGAGCAGUUUUGACGCCGAGGAAAAAACGGAGCGCUUGCUGGAGAAGAUGGAGCGGGAGGAGGCAAAGGAUCGUCGGCACCACCGGCGGGAGGAGCUGGCCCCGUACCCCAAGAGCAAGAAGGCAAGCCGGAAGGACGAGGAGCUGGACCCCAUGGACCCCAGCGCUUACUCGGAUGCCCCACGGGGGACCUGGUCUACUGGGCUGCCCAAGCGCAACGAGGCCAAGACCGGCGCGGACACCACGGCCGCCGGACCCCUGUUCCAGCAGCGCCCCUAUCCAAGCCCUGGAGCCGUCCUGCGGGCGAAUGCGGAAGCGUCCCGGGCUAAGCAGCAGGACUGAGAAUUCCCUUCCUUCCCUCUUUGAUGUAUUUGAUAAUAAAGCUGGCAAAACUUUC